AUGAGUAAAUCAGUUAUUGCUAAUUUUAAAAGAUUUAAUCAAACAUCAGCAAGUGUAGAAUAUUAUAAAACACUUGAUUUAGUAUCAUCAUUUAGUAUUCAAAUGGUUGAAUUAUUAAAUUCAUUUGUUCAUCAAUGUGAAACAAAAUUAAAUUCAUGUUCACAUCAUAUUAAAAGAUUGGAAAUUACUUUAACUUUAUUAGAAUCAAAACUUGAAUCUGUUAAUGGAUUAAAAGAUCAAAUGACACAAUGGAAUUCAGAUACAUCUAUUCAAUCACAAUAUUAUCAUCAUAGAAAUCAACAACAACAACAUUCAAAUACUAAUACAACUAAUACUAAUAAUAAUGGAACAAUAACAUCAGCACCUCCUCCUCCACUGUCAACAUUUUCAGCAUCUGUUCCACCUCCACCACCACCUUCAUCAUCAUUUGGAAGUGUACCUCCUCCACCACCAUCAAUGGGUAGUACUGGUAUUCCACCACCACCACCACUAUCAAUGGGUAGUGUUCCACCUCCACCACCUCAAAUGAUGAUGGGAAGUGUUCCUCCACCACCUCCAUCUCAAAUGAAUUCGCCACCUCAAUUAAUGACAUUACCUCCACCUCCUCCACCAACAUCUCAAAUUGUAUCAACAAUAUCCUUACCACCUCCUCCAUCAACAACAAUACAACCAGCAAGUGAAGCAACUGAAUCUGCAUAUAUUCCAACAUGUGAACAAGAUCCAAGAUUAGCUCACUAUUUCAAGUUACUUAACAAACUUCAAGUACCAAGAGCUCAAAUUGAUAUGAAAAUGAAAAUGCUUGGCUUAGAUUCAUCUGUACUUGAUACACCAAAUGAUCCUUCUCCUUUAGGUCCAUACAUUCCUGAAGAAGUAUCAAAGCAAGAAGAAAAGGAAGAAACUGAAAGUACUGCCAGUAAUGAUUCAUGGUAA